AUCUGACAUUUCCAACGUCACUUGAUGUAUGAGGUGGACGUUUAUCGCGUUUUCGAAUACAAUCGUCCCGCAAACGCGAAUGUUGACUAAUUAUCAUUAGGAAUUCUCUUCAGACGACAACCGGGGCGCAAGUGAAAAUUCAAAUCCUUCACAAUGAUGGAUGGUACCGAUGAAAGUGGAAGUCCCCAAAAGGAAGUAUCACCGACAACAACUGAGAAUGCAGGCACUCCAACGUCACAACCUGCCGCGAGUACUCCUGUGCCUUUGGGCGAUAAUAGCCUCGUAGUUGAUAUUUCAGAUGCUCUUAGCGAAAAAGACAAGGUAAAAUUCACCGUACACACACGUACGACGAUUCCAGGAUAUGCAAAGCAAGAUAUGUACGUGGUCCGACAGCACGAAGAGUUUGUGUGGCUUCACGACCGAUUCGAGGAAAACGAGGAAUAUGCGGGCUACAUUAUUCCCCCAUGCCCCCCGCGGCCUGAUUUCGACGCAUCCCGGGAAAAGCUACAACGUCUGGGAGAAGGCGAAGGAAACAUGACAAAGGAAGAAUUUAAGAAAAUGAAACUCGAACUAGAAGCCGAAUAUCUAGCCACAUUCAAGAAAACUGUUGCUAUGCACGAAGUGUUCCUUUCCCGACUUGCCGCUCAUCCUGUAUUCCGAAACGAUCAGCAUUUGAAAGUGUUCCUAGAAUACGACCAGGAUCUAUGCGCGAAACCCCGAAAGAAAAUAGACAUUUUUGGCGGAAUCGUUCGUAGCAUUGGGAAAACAACAGACGAACUGUAUUUGGGUGCUACUGUCCGUGAUGUGAAUGAUUUCUUCGAGAAUGAACUGCAGUUUCUGACGGAAUACCACGCGCAUCUGAAGGAAGCCGCAACCCGCACCGAGAAGAUGACUAACAAGCACAAGGAAGUGGCGGAUUGUCAUAUCAAAAUAUCUGCAAAUCUUAUGCAGCUAUCAACGGCCGAAAGGGGCAGCAUGGAGAAGUUUUUAGCGAAAACGGCAGAAGUUUUUGAGAAAAUCAGAAAUAUGGAAGGCCGCGUUUCCAGCGAUCAAGAUCUCAAGCUAGGCGACACCCUACGCUAUUAUCAGCGCGACAGUCACGCUGCUAAAGCUCUCCUGGUUCGACGUUUGAGGUGCUUAGCCGCCUACGAAGCGGCCAACCGUAAUCUGGAGAAAGCUCGUGCCAAGAACAAAGACGUGCAUGCGCCUUUGGAGGUUCAAGAGGCCGAAACAGCUCAAACACAAGCAUGUGAAAAAUUCGAUUCUAUGUCAGCGUGUGGAAAGGAGGAAUUAGUCGGCUUCCGUGCCCGUCGUGUUGCUGCCUUUAAAAAGUCACUUAUUGAGUUGGCCGAUCUCGAAACAAAACAUGCAAAAUCUCAAUACGAAUUUCUACGUCAAUCUUUGUUAUCACUACAAGAGAUCGCAUGAAAAUCGCUGCAUUCCACGUGAUUAUAACGACGUUCGAUUUAGGAGAAAGACUUUCUCUAUUAAGACUUACGCAUUAAAUCGUAAAACAAUUUUAUGGUAUUUGUAUAAGUGAUGGAAAAAAAACUAAAAAAAUUCUACUAUAUAUAUACAAAAUAAAACAUAUUCAAUGGAAAAAUCGCUCUAAAUAUCUGGUCUGAAUAUUGAAGCUCAGCAGAAACAGGUAUUGGCAAUUUCUUAGAAGUGAAAGGGACAAAUGAAAGAAGAUACUUUUCCGAUUGAGCAAACGACUUGGCCAUUUCCAUUAUUAUUAUUAUUUUUAUUUGCUAUUGGAAACACUUUGAGAAUUGGAGAAGGUACAACUUUCUCACAGCAUUUUUUCCUGUUAUAAUUAAGCAUAUUCCCAUAUAUUUUAUAUUGCAAUUUAUUUAGCUAUAUUUUUACCAUGUUGUUGUUUUCCUUACGCAAUUUAAGUUAGAGCCGGUAUUAUGUUAUUAUCUCGAUGUCCCGUUCUCAAUCGAAGUCCAGGCUAUAGAAUCAGCUAAUUAAUGAUGAUUUCUAAAUUUAUUUUUUUAUCAUUUGUAAAUCGAACAAAUUAAAAUGAUUAUUAAAGUAUAAUUUAUCAAACGGUUCCUCAUUCGAAUAUGAGGAAAAUAUUGAAAAUGUAUUUUCUGUUAAAAAUUUAAAUACAUAAAUUUCGGAUAUAAAUUGAAAAUCAAGAAUAA